AUGGGCUCCUUACCUGUGCAGACGAGUUUCGAUGUCGAAGACGUUCUCUCGCAGUUGACCAUACCAGAGAAGGUUGCUCUGUUAUCAGGCAUCGAUUUCUGGCACACAGCUCCUGUCCACCGCCUCGGCGUCCCCUCGAUACGUUUGUCGGACGGACCCAAUGGCGUGCGUGGAACUCGCUUCUUCAACGGCGUUCCUGCGGCGUGUCUGCCUUGCGGGACGGGACUUGCGGCAACAUGGGACACCGACCUCGUAAAGAAAGGCGGAGCUUUACAGGGUACUGAGGCCAUCGCCAAAGGCGCUUCAGUCAUUCUAGGCCCCACCACCAACAUGCAGAGAUCCCCGCUGGGAGGCCGCGGCUUUGAGAGCUUCAGUGAAGACCCCUAUCUGGCCGGUGCCAUGAGCGCUUCCACUAUCAAUGGGAUCCAGUCGACCGGUGUCUCCGCCACCAUCAAGCACUUUGUUUGUAACGAUCAGGAAGAUCAGAGACAAGCUGUUGACAGCAUAUUAACGGAGCGAGCACUCCGCGAAAUCUACUUGAUGCCAUUCCAGAUUGCUCAGCGAGACUCUCGACCAGACUGCUACAUGACUGCGUACAAUAAGGUCAAUGGCACGCAUGCCAGCGAAAACCCGAGAUUGCUCAAGGAUGUACUUCGAGGAGAAUGGGGCUUCGAUGGCUUGACAAUGAGCGAUUGGUUCGGUACAUACUCGACGACGGAAGCUAUCAAAGCAGGACUCGACCUAGAAAUGCCCGGCCCUUCAUACAUCCGUGCACACUUGGUCAAUCAGGCUCUAGGUUGUGGUAAGCUUCUUGUGCGUGAUGUUGAUGAAAGAGUCCGAGAGGUCCUCAAGCUCGUCAAGAAGACCCAGGCCUUGGGCAUCCCAGAAAAUGCCCCAGAAACCACGAUUGACUCUCCUGAAACCUCGGAAUUCCUCCGCACUCUUUCCGCCAACGGCCUUGUCUUGUUGAAAAACAAUGACAAUCUUUUGCCGCUCGACAAGAAGAAGACGACAGCCGUCAUCGGUCCCAAUGCGGCUUAUGCAUCCUAUUGUGGAGGUGGUUCGGCUUCAUUACUGCCGUACUACGCCAUCAGCCCGCUUGACGGGAUUAGAGAGCAGGUGCCAGAAGCAAAAUAUGCUCUCGGCGCGCCAGCCUGGAAAGCUUUGCCACUGAUGACACGGCUGAGCAAGACGAAGAAGGGUGACCACGGGUUGACAAUGACAGUCUUCCUGGACCCGCCUUCGGUGACGAACCGCAAAGCGAUUGAUGAGGUCUUUGUGAACAAAUCGGAUAUUCUCCUUGUCGACUACAAACAUCCCAAGAUUAAGUCGUCUCUGUACUACCUCGAAUUGAACGGCACCUUCACCCCGGAACAGACGACAGACUACGACUUCAGCAUGUGCUGUGCUGGGACUGGCAAGAUCUUUGUGAACGGCGAACUUGUGGUUGACAAUGAGACCCAUCAACGUCCCGGGAACUCGUUCUUCGGUGCCGGUACCGCAGAGGAGAUCGGAAGGAUGAAACUGGAGGAGGGCAAGACAUACGACAUCAAGGUCACCUUCGGCACAUUACCCACCAUGACUUUCAGCAGCCCCGGCACGACUGGUUUCGGCGCCGGCGGGCUGAGGGUCGGACUUGAGCGUAAAGCCGAGAUUGAGACGGAGAUUGAACGAGCUGUUCAAUUGGCGAAGGAGGUUGACCAAGUCAUUCUUUGCGCCGGGCUGAACAGCGAGUGGGAGUCAGAAGGCUACGACCGUGAGCACAUGGACCUGCCACCUGGCAGCGACAAACUGAUCAAGGCUGUCCUCGCGGCCAAUCCCAACACAGCUAUCGUCAUCCAGUCCGGCACGCCCGUCGCUAUGCCCUGGCUCGAAUCGGCUCCAGCUGUCCUUCAAGCAUGGUACGGCGGCAACGAGACGGGCAACGCCAUCGCAGACGUGGUCUUUGGCAACACCAACCCCAGCGGCAAACUGCCUUUGAGUUUCCCCAUCAGAAACGAAGACAACCCGGCGUUCUUGAACUACAAGUCCGAGCGGAACCGAGCCAUCUACGGCGAAGACGUCUACAUUGGCUAUCGAUUCUACGAGAAGACGAACAAGGAGGUCGCGUUCCCCUUUGGCCACGGUCUGAGCUACACGCAGUUUGACAUCAAGGACCUCUCUGUCUCUGACGACGGUGCUGAAAUCCUCGUCUCGGCCACCGUGUCCAACACAGGCAAGGUCGACGGAGCCCAGGUCGUCCAGGUCUACUUCUCACAACACAACGCCAGCAUUAAUCGACCGAAGAAAGAGCUCAAAGGCUUCAGCAAGGUUUUCGUAAAGGCUGGCCAGAGCGAGAAGGUCGGGAUUGCCAUCUCGAAGAAAUAUGCCACGAGCUUCUGGGACGAGGCCAGAGACGCUUGGGUCAUGGAGAAAGAUACCUUCGACGUGCUCGUCGGGGAUUCGAGUGCAAAUACGCCGUUGACGGCGCAGGUGAAAGUCCUUCGAUCGGAAUGGUGGAGAGGGUUGUAG